AUGAGCUGUGAGAUCUCGUACAAAUCUCAGGGAUUCGGAGGAGGAGGUGGAGGAAGAUUCCAGGGCUUCAGCGGAGGCUCGGCCGUGGUCUCUGGUGGGAGUCAGAGAUCAGCUUCUGGUUUCUCCUGCCUGAGCCGCCAUGGCGGUGGCAGAGGGGGCUUUGGUGGAGGUGGCUUCAGCAGUCAGAGCCUAGUUGGGCUUGGAGGGACCAGAAGCAUCUACCUUAGUAUGGCUGGAGGAGGCUCCAGUGGUGGAUUUGGGGGCAGAGGAGGUGGCUUCGGAGGGGGCAGUGGCUUCAGGGGCAGUGGCUUCGGUGGAGGUAGCUUCAGAGGGGGUGGUGGCUUUGGAGGUUUUGGGGGUCCUGGGGGCUUGGGGCUUGCAGGAUUCCCUGGUGGAGGUAUCCAUGAAGUCUCUGUCAACAAGAACCUCCUGCAGCCUUUCAACGUGGAAGUUGACCCAGAGAUCCAGAAAGUGAAGUCUCAGGAGCGGGAGCAGAUUAAAAAUCUCAACAACAAAUUUGCGUCCUUCAUUGACAAGGUGCGGUUCCUGGAGCAGCAGAACCAGGUGCUGCAGACCAAAUGGGAGCUGCUGCAGCAAAUCGACGUCAGAAGCCACAGAGUCAACCUGGAGUUCAGCUUUCAGGAGUACAUUGAAAAACUGACAAAUCAAUUGAAUGCACUCUUGGCAGAAAGAACAUCGCAAGAUUCAGAGCUGAACAACAUGCAGGAUCUCGUGGAGGAUUUUAAGAAGAAGUAUGAGGAUGAAAUCAACAAGCGCAUGACUGCUGAGAAUGAGUUUGUGACCCUUAAAAAGGAUGUGGACAAUGCCUACAAGGCCAACGUGGAGCUACAGGCCAAGGCAGGCAUGCUGAACCAGGAGGCUGAGUUCAUGAGAACCCUCUUUGAUGUGGAGCUGUCCCAGAUGCAACAGCAGAUCACCAACACCAACGUCAUCCUGUCCAUGGACAACAACAGGAGCCUGGACCUGGACAGCAUCAUCUCUGAGGUCCGUGCCCAGUAUGACGAGAUUGCCCAGAGGAGCAAGGCCGAGGCAGAGACCCUGUACCAGACCAAGUACGAAGAGCUCCAGGUUACUGCUGGGAAACACGGGGACAGCCUGAAAGAAGUCAAGAUGGAGAUCGGUGAGCUGAAGCGCACGAUCCAGAGGCUGCAAGGGGAGAUCACCCAUGUGAAGAAGCAGUCUAAGAGCCUGCAAGAAGCCAUGGCAGAUGAUGAGCAGAAGGGAGAGCACGCUCUCAAAGAUGCCCAGAACAAGAUGGCUGAGAUGGAGGAUGCUUUGCAGCCGGCCAGGGAGAACCUGACUGGGCUGCUGCGCGACUACCAGGAGCUGCUCAACAUCAAGCUGACCAUGGAUGUGGAGAUCGCCACCUACCGCAAGAUGCUGGAGGGCGAGGAGAGCCGGAUGUCUGGAGACAUCAGCAACAACGUGACAGUGUCGGUGACAAACAGCACCAUUUCCUCCAGUAUGGCGUCCAAUGCUGGCUUUGGAGGCCGUGGUUCUGGAGGUAGAGGAUCCAGUUCUGGAGGAGGAGGCUACAGCUCUGGAAGCAGCAGUUAUGGCUCUAGAGGCAGAGGACAGAUCUCCAGUGGUGGCGGUGGAGGGGCCUCCAGAGGCGGCUCUGACCUGGGAGGCAGAUACGGUUCUGGAGGUGGCUCCGGAGGAAAAUACAGCUCUGGAGGCAGUGCUCGAGGAGGUUCUAGCUCUGGAGGAGGACACAGCUCUGGAGGUGGCUCCAGAGGAGGCUUUGGUUCUGGAGGGGGAGAGCUCUUGCUCUGAAAAGGAUGGUUCUGGCUCAGGUGAAGGCUGUGGUUACAGAAUGACCUUCUCUAUUGGAUAAAGAGGGAGUCCUGCCCUUGACUGUCCCACUCCAGAAUGUAGAAGCCUGUCUCUGUACAUUUAACUGACAGCAAGUUAAACCUGUCAUCCAUCUCUGAUGGUAUUUUGGGGGACAGAGAUACCCACAUACAAUUUUUGAAAUUUCUUCUCUCCAGUUCGAUUAAUUGGAGUCAGUGCCACCCUCUGCCCCCUGGGGAAUAAUCUGCAUUGUCUACAUUUGUGCUUCCAGCUCUGCCCUCUUUCCUGGCCCCUGCUUACAUUGCCCUUCUGGUGGGCCUUUUCCCACCAGGUAGUCUGUUGAGGACCUCAUCUCAAAGCCUGUGUCUUUCCCCAGCACUCUCCCUAGGAAUCAUGUUUCUGGGUAUAUAUUCCAUCAUAUUGGCUCUGCACCUAAAGUGCUGUGGUCUUGGUGUCUGUACAAUAAAUUUCA